UUUGUAUUUUUGCCAUGCAACCCUCUUCUAGGGCAUCCACCAUUCGAUGCAGGUUCAUUGUACCCGUUGCCUAGGUGAUAUUGUUCCAUUGUCUACUGGAAACUAUACGCGGAAAGCAGACCGAUAACAGUCUGAAGAUGAUCUGCGGAGCCUAGCGUCUCGGACCCAAUAAUCAACUAAAUAAAGACGAACACACUACACCUUUCCUGUUCUUUUACCCAGGGUUUCGAUCUCAGGAUCUUCCAUUUGCUUCCUGUUUAACGGUUCUUGGUCCCCUGAAACAUUUUCGCAGGCAGACCGGAUUCACCAUGGUGCUUUUGUCUCGCGCGCCUACUGCGGGUAUAUACACCCUUCCCGUAGCAUCUCUCCUAGUCGGAUUUUCGGGCAGCCGUCUCAACUCCCAGCCAACCGCACCACGCCGAGCUCCAUUCCGGCGAUUUCUAUCUACCAACAAAGUUCAGCUUCCCUAUCUCUUUACUGCCGUCAUUUCUUAUCCCAGAAAUCAAGCCAUAUCCAUCUAUCCAUCAUUCACGAGAUUGUCACCAAACUGUCGGUACUCCAUUAAACGUGAGUUGUUCAUACACGGCCGUGCCGCCUAG